UGAGAUGAAAAGAAGAUGGAAGUGAGAAAUGAAACAAAGUAAAGGAACAUAUUAAAGAAAAAAAACUAUACGCGCUUCGUCGGGGGAAAACAGGGGGAGCCGUGGAAACGCUGUCGCCACUUUUUGAACGAGCUUCGAAGUGCGGAGCAACACAUGAUUUGGACAGAGAGGACUGACAGCCUUGCCUAGCACCCGGCCUCUGAUCAGCCAUCUCCACCAGCAAACUGAGGCUUGACCCGCACUUCAUCACCAGCCACACAAGCAUCUUCGUAACAAAACGUCAUCUAACUGUGACAUCAGUUGCAAGGGGAUGACCGAGCGCAUUCAUAACAUCAAUCUCCACAACUUCAGCAAUUCUGUACUUGAGACCCUCAAUGAGCAGCGCAACCGUGGGCACUUCUGUGACGUGACUGUUCGGAUCCAUGGAAGUAUGCUGCGAGCUCACCGGUGCGUGCUGGCUGCUGGAAGCCCCUUCUUUCAGGACAAGCUGCUCUUGGGCUACAGCGACAUUGAGAUCCCUUCUGUGGUCUCAGUGCAAUCCAUCCAAAAGCUGAUUGACUUUAUGUACAGCGGGAUCCUGCGGGUAUCUCAGUCAGAGGCCCUGCAGAUCCUAACUGCUGCCAGCAUCCUACAGAUCAAGACCGUCAUAGAUGAGUGUACCCGCAUCGUGUCCCAGAAUGUGGGCCUGGCUGGGCCCGGGGGGUUCCCUGUUAUACCAGGAGAUUCUGGUCAGGAAACACCCCGUGGCACACCAGAGUCCGGCACCUCCGGGCCCAGCAGCGACGCAGAGUCAGGUUAUAUGCAAGCAACAUCACAGCAAAGCGUGGAUCGUGCAUACACAUCACUGUACUCCUAUUCUAACCUAGUGCAGAAUGGCACCCGCGAGCGCCCUAUUUACCUUAACCCUCUGUCAACAAAUUACGAUCCAACUCUCAGCACUCAGAAGGACCAGCAAUCUCAAGAUCCACCUUGGAUGAACCGCAUCCAGGAAAGAUCUCAGCAGGUUGAUCGCUUUAUCACCACAGCAGAGUCCACUCACUGCCGCAAGCAACCCCGACCGGUACGCAUUCAGACAGGAGGGAUGCACAUAAAGCAGGAGGCUGAAGAUGAGUACACUUGCUAUGAUAAUUUGGGGGACUGCCAAGACGACACUGACCAGACUGAGGGUGUAGAGAGUGAAUCCAAGGUUGAAAGUUUUGACUCAGGGGUGAGCUCCUCCAUCAGUACUGAGCCAGAUGCUAUGGAGCAGCAGCCGUACCUGACGGGCUUUGGCCGAGAGGGGGGCGGGGACGGGCAGCACGGGGAUCCGGUACAGAUAGAGGUCAAUGACUCGUCCCCAGAGCAAGUGCACGACACAGAGGAUGGGGACACAUCCCACAGCACUAGUGACAGUAGCAUGAUGCAGCCCCUGCCAAACUCAGUCAUGUCCCAGUCCCUGCCAAGUGCCACGCACUACAUGCGCCAGGUAGAAUCACACACCAGCAACCUGAGGAUGCCGCUCACCGUGACCAGCAAUUCUCAAGUGAUGGGCACUGCUGGAAGCACCUUCCUGCCCACACUCUUUCCUACACAGCCGGCUAGAGACACCAAGCCUUUCCUUUACCUUCCUGGCCAGCAGCAACCCCAGUUCGUGGCAGUGCCGCCCCCUGCAAUGCCAUCAUUCCCGAACCCGAUGUCGGUACAGCAACCGCAAGCUCAGCAGCAACAGGCUGCAGGAGGAAUUGGUCCGGGGGAAAAGAAGCCCUAUGAAUGCACUCUCUGCAGUAAAACCUUUACUGCAAAACAGAACUACGUCAAACACAUGUUUGUCCAUACUGGUGAGAAGCCUCAUCAGUGCAGCAUCUGCUGGCGCUCGUUCUCCCUGAAGGAUUACUUAAUCAAACACAUGGUGACACACACAGGGGUGCGGGCCUACCAGUGCAGCAUCUGCAACAAGCGUUUCACCCAGAAGAGCUCUCUUAAUGUCCACAUGCGGCUGCACCGUGGAGAGAAGUCCUAUGAGUGCUACAUCUGCAAGAAGAAGUUCUCACACAAAACCCUGCUGGAGAGGCACAUGGCCCUGCACACCACAGGUAGCGCCAUCACAGGGUUGUCGGGGAGCGCAGGUACCCCAGGCCCAGUCUCCAUUUCCAUCCCUAUGGCUGUCCCUGAGCCUGGAGCUGGAGUGGUGGCCCUCGCUAUGCCAGUGAGUGGAGGUGCUGGAGUUGGGGCUGGGGUUGGAACAGGAGUGGGUGUAGCUGCAGAAGCGAGCUGCCAAGAAGGGACCACCUACGUGUGCUCCGUCUGCCCUGCCAAGUUCGACCAAAUGGAGCACUUCAAUGACCACAUGCGAAUGCAUGUCUCCGAUGGAUAAGUACAAAUAGAUAAACUUCUUUCAAAAAGAAUGACAAAUAAAAUGGCACUAGAUUUUCCUUUUCUUAUUUUGAGGUAUGAAGAGUAAUGAGUAUAGACACUGGCACAUUAAGUUUCCCAAAAAAAAAAAAAGAUUUUUUUUUUCUGUUAUUCUAAAAGAAAAAAAAAGAUGGUGGCCUUAAGGCUUAGUAGUUUGAUAUUGAUCUACUGGAUGGAUCCUAACUACAGGCCUCUAAAUGUAUGCUUUCCUAAAAUACUGAUUUAUGUGUUGAACACUACCGAAAGGCCUACGAAAGAAACACAUACACACAAACACACCUUUAGUGUAGAUAUGUCUGAGAGAAUAUACAUGUGCAUUAAUGUUUGAGCGUCGCAUGUGUCUGUCUGUUCGUCUGUGCAAGCCUGUGUGUGUGUGUGUGUGUGUGUGUGUGUGUGUGUGUGUGUGUGUGUGUGUGUGUGUGUACAUUGCCAUGAAACAUAAAUCAUGGCAGUUGUGAACCCAUACUGACCAGUUUGGAAACUAUAGAUGUCCAAGCUUACUGUGGUAUAAUUUACAACAACAAUAACAAAAAAAUCAUCUGGGGUCGGGCUACAUAUUCCCUCUAAAAUACUGAUGGUCACAAGAUUGCCUUCUUAUGUAAAAUAAAAAAAGGAGAGUAGUUAAUUUGACACUGGGUUUUAUUUAUUCCUAUGGUAUUAAGGGAUUAUAAUGCAGCUGUUGUCAAGGUACCAAUUUCAAUUAUUUUACUGAGAUGUAACUUCCCAUUGUUGGUGAUGGGGACAAAUAUUUCUCACAUGUUUUAUAAUUAUUGUCCAUGCAUUUUGAUGGUUAAAAUUAAGUUGACUAAAUUAAGGGUGUGUUGAUGAGACAAUAUUUGAGCAAAAAUAUGUUUCUUUUUUUCUGAAGUUUGGAGUUUAACUCAUUUGCAUACACUGCCACUAAUAUCUUAAAAAGACUGUUAAGGCUAGUAGACCUCUUCCAUUUCAAAACAUGAGAAAAAAAGAAAGAUUCUUUUGCUGAUGGGUUUUUUGAGCCUUUUACAUUCACAGUUUAUGGCAGGCUGGAACAUGUGACUAAACUCUCUCCUUCAUAAUUGCUGCUCUUCAACUUGCACCUGACUGUUAUGGGAUGUAGAUUUAAAAAAGACAAAAAAGGACUUGUCACUUCAACUAUUGUUAUUGAAUAGCCUACACAGUUUUAAUUUGAUAAUGGAAUUAUGUAUUGGGGGUGGGGGGUUUAGGCUAGUUGUUGAUUGGAACAGUGUUAAAGAGGGAGGAAUUUAAUUUGAAUCAAAUUUGAAUUGGAAAUAAAUGCCAUCCUGAUCCGAGAAUCCCUGUAUAACCUGUUCAUUACUAUUGCAAAGCUAUUUUAGCAGGUGGGAGCUGAAUGCAUUACUCUUUAUGUACUGGCUCCCCCUGAAGGCUCAAAUGGCAUGCAACAUUUUGAAAGGAAAUACGGCCUCAAAGCAAAACAAGUAGCUCCAUUGAUAUCACACUGUUUCAUGAUAUACCACAAGUUGCAGAUGGACUUUCUAGACAAUAGUAUACAUUCCUGAUUUUUCUAAAAAAAAAAAAAAAAGAACCUAGACACACAUGUACAGAAUAGAUUCGGAAGCUAGUGUGCGCAAGUUGUCAUCCAUGCAUCACAUCACUUAAGGCUCAUUUUUGAUAUUUGAAUUGUUUGUUUUUUUUUAAAAAUUGCUUUUCAUCCAAAAUAGGACACACAUACGCACACACACGCACACACACGCACACACACACACAGACACACUUACACACACACACACACACUCGAACACACACCACACAAAUGCAACUGCAUUCUGAAGGAUUUGCUCAUUUAUGUGAGCAAACACUUUUUGUAGUUGUAUGGUUAAAAAGAAUAACUAACUGCAUACAGCGGUCUUAAAAAGACCCAGCUGUAGGUUUAAAAAAACAAAAAACAAAGUGCUACUUUGCACAUUUUCUUAAAAUGCCUGUGCUUAAUAUUUAAUCAUUUUCCUUAAAUGAACUAUGAUUUCUUUUAUUCAAUUUCAAAGGAAAAAAAAACAUUUUUUAAAUCUUGAUAAGUGGACUGCAUUAUUUUCUUGCAUAUAUGUUGCACUGCUUAAACCAAUAAGUGCACUACUGUUAACAGAGAUAUUAUAGUUUUAGAAAAAAAAAGAGGAUUUUUUUUUUAAAUCUAACAUUUGGUUGUAGAGUUCACAUGUAAUAGAAUAGCUUUGUUUCAGUUAUUCAUUAAGUAAUUCAGCGGUUCUUGGCUUUUGUUAUUGCUUGCAGUUACCUACAGUAUAUACUCAUGCCGUGUUAAUGCAAGCAUUUAUUUUUAUUUAAAUUUGUACCAUUACGUGUGCUCAUCUAUGUUUUAACCUUUUAAUUCAUUCUUUUAUGGAGUCAGUUCCCUAUAACAGUUAUUCAAUUGCAUUUCUUUAGAAACAGACAGACUUUUCCUACAAGAACAUCCAAGCCAAACAACAUUAACAGUGAAACAACAACAGUAAUAAUAAACACAACUCCCGUCCAACUCCGUUGGCGGAGGUAAUAAUAAUAGCUAUUAUUAUAUUAUUAAUAAUAAUACAUUUAUAAUGUGUGUGUGUGUAACAUAAAUGAUAUACGUGUCCUAGAACAACUUUGUGUGGGUUUAAGGGUGUGGUGAGGUGAUGGAAUGCAGCUUCUUUGAUAUCUGUCUGUCAGUUGUACACAGUUGUGUCCCUUCCUUAGUGUUCGUAUGUCUGUGAGUGUCUGUGUGUUGGUAUAUAGCCUAAUCAAACAGUUGAUAAGUGGAAUAUCUGAACUGUAGGGCUUCCUUUGCAAUAUGCAGCGCAGGUACUAUGAAAAGCAGCUCUCCAAACCUAUUGGGCUAAUAAGGCACCUGUGACAUUUGUUCGGAGAUUUGACUCAAGCCUAGGUCAAGUACUGUUGACUUCAUUGUGCCCGUGUAGAGAAGUAAUGUCAAGCAUUUAGAUGCUGAAUUUCAUAUAAUUGCGACUAGAUUUCAAAUCCCUGUGGAGUCGGUUGAAGUGAGGUCAAGUGAUGAACAUACAGUAUGAGACCCAGAAAGUUCCUGUAUUCAGGUUUCUCCUCUGCUAAGAAAAAAAAAAAUCAGUCACACGUGAAAUAUGCUGAAAAAAAGCGUGAGGUGAGUCCUCAGUAAAAGUAGCACAUUAUUUAACAUUUGAUCGGGCCUGUCUCCAAAGGUGUGCAUAUAAGCCUAAAUUGUAUGGUUCCUGUUUGUAGCUGUGGUUGCCAGGAUGGCAAUAUUGCUGCAUGCUAGUGCUAUAUUUGUCUCUACACAGCACGUGGAGGGUAAUCUCUUGCCUUAACAGACAAUGCACUAAAUAGAAUAUGUAAGCAACUGCCGAGAUCUCUUUCCAACAGUAUUGCCACAAGUUUGGCACACAGCUCAUGACGUUGGUGUUUGUUGUCUGUUCAGUACCAAGUUUAAACACUGCCAAAAAUGAACAUCAUCACUUCUUUGAAAGCAAAGGCAGAGACAUAAAUUUCAGUGUAAUGUGUGUAUUCAGUAAUCUAGCAUUCCUUCAUGGCACCUAAAUUUUUGCAUAUUUUGUGUAAACACAUAUAUCAAAUGCACUAUUGACUGUAGCUAGAUGAGUACAACCAGCUUUGUGGUAUCAUUGGUCUAAAUAGUAGGUUAAGUAGCUCGAUGUUGGUUUUUUGAGAUAUUUGAUUUCAGAAUUACACUAUCAACUGUUUCUCUAUCAUUUUGGAUUUUUGUUUUUUUUCUUGGAAUAACAAAAGUAGCCAAUCUCAACGUUAUCCGGAUGAGGGCUAAUAACUCGUCCCAUCGUCAAGUUGACUUCUUGUAUCAUAAGGUGUUUGAUAGCAGACCAGGCUCGGAAGGGGAAGAACCUUCUCUCCAGUGUGUCAUAAACAUGCUAUAGCAUACCCAGGCGUUUUUCCCCCCGUCCCCUUGUUGCAUUAGCAUCACAUGCUCUUCACUGUCCAUAGUUAUAUAUUCCUUAUACUGCUUCAGCUACUCGUGGUGGUGCUUAAUUCUCUUUUCUCAGUGUUGCAAAAAAAGUUGAUUAAAAAUUGUUUUUUUCAGAAGCGUUGCAACAUAAUCCAGAAAAUAAGUCCUUAUCUCAAUUGUGCUUCUUCUAGUUGUUAGUUUUUAAAAGAAAAAAAAGAGUCUAGACUUAUGUUUGCAAAGUGUACGCGUAUUUUCCAGAACAAAACAUAUUGAAUCGUAGAUAAUAGCCUUGAGCCUGCAGCUGUUUGUAUUGUGUUUCAAAUAUAUUACUGUUCAUGUUUUGUUUAUCUUAGCAUAGAGACAAAGAGUCUACAGUACAUUGUUGUCCUUCUUGCAGUAUGUUUAAUUCAUCGUUAUACUUCUUUAUUUCACACUUACUCUUGCUUUUUCUUUCCUGGUGAUCAUAGUGGUGUUGUUUAUACAUAGCUUCACGCGGCUGGAUAAAGGAUAGUCAGUUAUUGAGUAAUAUUUCACAGUGUACUAUAUAUAUGCAUACGGUAUAUACGCUUUGCAUUGAGAUGAAAACAAGGAAAUGGUAAGAUGGUGAGGGUCAUGUUAAGUGAGGAACAGGUUCAUUCUAUUCUGAUAAGCAUGUGUCUGUCUUCUUGUUUGUCUUUCAGUCUGUCUCCACACAUUUUAAGUCAGAUUUUCUUUUUUUCAAAGCAUGAAUUAAGUCACAAAGUUAAGAAUAGAUUACAGAAAACACCGUUCAGAUAAUACUUUACUGCAUUUUUUUUGUUGUCCUUCUACAGUACACAUAAGAGUGAAAUAGAUCUUACAAAUAUACUAUAUAUAUAUAAGAAUCACCAUCUUCACACAGAUUAAGAAUACAUGUUCAGAUAGUUUUAGUUUUCAGAUAGAAAGACAAGUAAUUGCAGCUACCUACAGUACCUUGUGGGAUAUAGGGAAUAUGCCUAUCAAGUGCCUAUCAGUACAUACAGCAACUAUACAGAAUAUUCAUAGUUUUUCUCUCCUACGUUGCACAUAUACAGUAUAUACACAAUGGUCUAUUAGAAAUAUACUAUUUAUGCUAUUACUGCUAAAACCUGGUGGUUGUGAGUGCAUCCUAAGAGAACCCUUUAAAAUACCUGAAAUGUCCUAUUCAUAAACAGCAAAGGCUACAUCUGUAUUUUUAUUUUACAUUCAUACUGUUUGGAGGAUUCAAAGAUAUCAAAUGCAAUCACAAUUUAUAUUUAAAAGGAUAUACAAAUAGGUUUAGUAGGUUCAGAUUGUAAUGUGAAAUCUUAACAUUGAAUGACCGUUUUCUUCUUUUACGUUGCUCGCUCUCACAGGUGUUUAGCAUCUUGCACAUGCCCUUUUUUAAUUAAUUUUUGCCAUUUGCAAACAAGCCAUAUAAUGGACUGUACUUUUUUUGGGGGGGGGGGGGGGGGCAGUAGCGCUUUGUGAACAGCAGAGGGAGCCACACAUCAACUGGAAGAGCUGAAGUAGAGACGCUAAAUGAAAACACAAUCCUGUACAAAGCAAAAGAUCUGGUUAUUUAUUGACUUUGUUGUUGGUAAAUAUUUCCAAUCUUCAGAUUAUGAUUACUUCUGUGAGUGAGGCAGAUCACUUCCUGUGAAUGAGGGAAAAGGAUUUGAGAGCUGGCAGCUGCUUUAAUAUUGUACUAUAUAUAUUUAUAUAUAGUAAAAUACUAUUUAUAUACAUUUUACACAUUGUACUGUUCAAUGUUCAAUAUGUGUCCUUCGACCUUGGCGCCAGGCCCUCCCUUGUGCAAGCCAAUGCCCAAUUUCCCCUCAAAAUGAUCAUUAACAUUUUCUAUCUUAUCUUGCAGCCUUGUUGUUUAUGUACAGCCUGGAAACUUUAAAGGGCAAUCAGCGAGCAACUUGAUAAAAGAAACUGGUCAUUAAAUGUUAGGCUGAGAUUAGAUUUUUUAUAACCACUUAUAAAACUCAAAAUGAGAUUACAAAUUAAAAGUUUUGAAUACAGAUUACCACACAACAUGCAAAAUUAUUAUACAAAUAUAUUUAAGUGGUUGCUUUGAGUUCGUGAAAACAAAGCUGAAAGAAAAUAUGGUAGAAUAAUAACCACAAAUCAAGUUUCAGGACUCAGAUGACUGAGUGGCUGUGAGAUAAAAGGUUUGGGGUUGGCUUAUUAUUCUGUCCCUUGUGGACUAAUUACCACAGUUUUCUCUCUAACCCUCUCCAGCCUUGUUAAUGUGCCAAAUUUAGGGGAAAAAGAAAAAUCAUACCACUAAAUUUGAUGCAAGACCCAAGCAGGAACAAAGCAAUAAAUAAACAAAUAAGUAAAGAAGAAAACUUCUGUCACAUCAUUUAUAACAACUAAACAUACAUCACACCAAAAUGAAGUGAUUGUCUUUCAUUUUUGAAUCUUUAAAUCCUCCAUGAUACAUAGUUUUCAAAAUAAAUAGGAGAAAACAGCUGUGAUUAACAAACAUUUCAUACAUCUUGUGUUCAAAUGAAGCAUUGAUAAUAUAGGCAAUGUGAUAUAGCUAGUCCCUGUCAUCCAACCGUCACACAGUCAGCCUCUGUUCAGAUUUUAUCAUCGUAACAUCCAGAUUCUAAGCUAAACUAAGCUAUAACAACAUCUAGAUUAUAUAUUCACUAUGAUGCUUCUGUCCGAACAUGCAGUUAUUACACUACCCUGAUGAGGUUUUUAAUAAAGCAUCACCAUCAGGUAUCUAUCAUCUAUCUAUCAGUCCAAAUGAAGCAUGCAGUUCCUGUCUACACAGCUUUUUCUUUGGGGAUUUCUUUGUUUUUGAUGGAGCACCAACUAUAUUUUGAGUGUCCCUCGAUAACAGGCUUUCAGUAUCUAUUAUUUAUCACGAUGAUGAGGAGACUUAGGCGGGAUUUAGCCUCCGAAGACUAAACAUUAAGCCUCUUUGUGUUCUCAGUCGCUGUAGUUCACGGCUUAGCUCAGCUCGAUUACACAAAAAAAAGUGUGCAGCAGCAGCGUCACUGAAACAUGCAUUCCUGUCAAGUCCAGAACAUUCCAGCUCCUAUAGUCUGGCACUCAUUUUCCACACUUAAACAAACCUAAUUUUAAAGGUGGAUUUCCAAUGCUUAAAUCAUUUUACAGAUCUGUUGGAUGUUUGAUCAUGUAGUUGCAAACAUCGCCCAUUACAUUUCACUCAAAUAGAUUGAUUUUUUUUAAAGAUCUCAUCUUGCUGUUUAUUCAAAUUUUUUGCCAUUAUAUCGCAAACCUCAUGAGCGUAGAGCUUGUGUAGACUGAUUCUAGAGACAACAUGCACUAUGCUGCCGCUCCGUUUCUCUAUGGAGGUUUCUCUGUUGGCCUGCAGAGACGUAAAACAUGUAAAACUAAGCCCAGCGACUUCUUCCCCAUGACGUUGGCCACUGUCUCCGCCAACACGUAGUCUGCCAUAAAGGACGUGCAGACACACACUAAAUAUUUUGGCACUGUCAUGUUCCUAAAAGGGGGGCUGCAGGUGGUAAAUUGUAAAAACAGGGGCCAUGCUAAUCAUUAGACGUCAAAUGGAAAAAAAAAAAAGCUGUUCUAGACAAUGUUUGUUUUCACAAACCAAAGAAGAGGUUGAGAUACUGUAUGUUUUGUGGAGAAAAUAAGUUUUCUUUUCUAUGUGUGUGGGGUUCCUUCAAUCGGGCUAGAUUGCUACAGUUUUUUGUUUUUUUUGUUUUUUUUUGGGGGGGGGGGGGGGGGGGUUUCUUUGUUUCUCUUCUCAUGGCAGGGUGCUUGUGAAAAUGCAUCUAUGUUGUGUCACUUGAUCACUAUUGGUUGUUUAUAGUUUUGUGGUUGUGUUCCUUUGCCUAUUGUAGACCAAAAUAGAUUUUUUUAUAAGAAAUGCAACAAAAAAUUAAAAAUGAGUCCGACACGGUAGCUGUGAUGUAAACUACCGCAUGUUAAAACAUAGAUUUUUUUUUUUAAAUGUUGCAUUGUUCCUCUGAAACUAAACAUAAUACUCAAUAAUUCAUCAGUUAUUGUCUACUAUAUACACAUUUAGCAAAUAUUCACCUUCACAUUGGAUUAUAUCUAAAUACUUUGUUUGUUUUUGUUCUUUUGUGUUAUCCCAGUUUUCUUCAGGCUGUCCCUAAAAUACUAAUCUGACAUUGUGACUUAGAAAUACAAUUUUAGCCAUUUAUACUUGAGAUGGACCAAGAUGUUAAGUUUGCACAUAUUUGUAGGUUGUUUAUGAAGCCAAAAAAAGAGAAAAGAAAAGAAAAGACAGAAUCAAGAUACACAACAUUUAGUCUGAACAAUUCAAGUCAAAUCUAGCUGAGUGAAUAUUAGUCUUUCAUGCGUCAGAGCCAGCCAUCACUACACGAUGAAAAACAAAACAAAACCAAACUGUAAGAUGAAUUUAAGGUGAUUACAGUAUAUUUUUGUAAGCAGAAUGUAAACCAUUUGGCGAAUUUGACUAUUUUAUGUCUUUAAGGUCUAAUUCUAGGUGAAAUCUGCUGUAUAUUUCUUGUCAUCAUGUGUGUUCAAAAUAGGAAAGAAUCAAAUUACUGUAAUUCAUGCUAAAGUUUUGUACCUGAGCUGAAGACAUAAUUCCUCAAAGAUUGACAUUACGAAUCAGAAAUGACUUGUGCCCUGAUAUAAAGCAGCUUAGGUUUUUGUCAUCUGGCUUUUCAGGCUUUUUUGCUGCCAUAUCUUGUAUGUAGAUGCUUUUGUAAAACAUGCACUUGAGUUGAACUAUGAGAUGUGCUUAUAAAUAUGUGUAUAUUUUGUUAGGCUUUUUGUUGCCUACAUUAGCUUGCUAUUUUAUUAUUUCCCUUAAAAAAAUAUACUUCUCCUUUAUAGUUAUGAACUUGGCAGAAGUGGAGCUGUUGUAGUAAAGGUAGUUAACAUCACAACUAAGCAACCCUGAAAUAUAUGCUGCAGUAAUGUGUUUUCAGUUUGUUUUUGAUAAUUUAUGCUCCAAGUUGGUUUGUAUUUUAUUAUUAUUAUUAUUAUUAUUAUUGUUAUGAAACAAGCUUGUUUGAAAUGUAUUGACUGCUGUUUUGAAAUAGGGGAUAAAGUUUUUCUUUUUUUUUCUUCUUUUUUUUAAUGUAUGUGCAAGGACGUUUUAUAAUAUGAUUUGUCAAACACUGGACUGGAGUGAGUUUUCCAACAUUUCCAAGUUGAGAGAUGUAUUUGACAGACAUAACUGCACAGAUGACACCCGUUAGCACAGAUGCGAGCUGGCAGACGAAGCACAUCCUCCCAACAGCUGUACAGAGGGGGGAGGGGUGACUAACAUGGCCGCCACUCUCCCGUUUUUUUUUUUCUUUUUCUUUUUCUUUUGUUUUUCUUUUUCUUUUUUCAAAAUAGGACUCAUGUAGAAGUUAAGACAUUUCCUUUUGUGCUGAUUCUUUGCAUUCAUUGGGUGAUGGGUUAUACAUGAUAGGAAAGUAAUUAUUAGGGUUUUCCUUCCAAAUUGUUGCAUGGCAUCGACUGGUGACAGAUUUUUCUUUUCUUUUUCUGAAUUAAAAAUUCUGUAAAAUCAUAAAGGGAUACCACUUGACAGCUAUCCAGUUAUCAAAAUCACCUGAUAUGUUGUUGCUAUGGUAAUGCAGAUAUAACAGUUGAGUCUCAUUUACACCAAUCCACCACUUCUCAAACCAGAAAAGAAAUUUGCACUAGACUUAUUUUGGUCUUCUUCUAUCAAAAGCAAUAUAAUUCACUCGAACCAUAGCAUGUGACGGUUGUCUGCCCACAGUGGGAAUGCUGAGUAAAUGUUGAUAUUUGACAAUGUUUUUUGAUUUGAACAUUGUUUUUGUAUUCAGAGGUACAGAAUCAGUCGCCUUUUUAAAUGCACACGACAUCCACAUAUUGUUGUCCGUAGCAGGUUAUUUUAUUUUAUUUUUUACCCCCGAGUAUUAGUGUCCAGAUUUGAGGGGCAUUAAAACUGUUGUUUCCUCCUGUGAUUGUUUUGGACAAAUCAAGCAGCUCUUGUAGAUAUGAAGUGAGAGACGGGAUGUAUGAGGGAAGGAAUCAUUACCCAUGAGUCAAAUGUCGACGUGUCUUCAUCACAUACAACAUUUAAAGAUAAAUACAAAUACCAAAAGACAACCCUGCUGUCCACUGUCACGCCUUUCCCCUUAAAAACACUCGUCUUAUAUCUCUGCAUAUUUGGUCACUUUGAGUGCUUUUUUCUGGGAUGUUACAAAAAAAAUGCUUUAAAAGUGAAACAAUAAUCAAAUACUUCUUGGAGGAAGAAGAUU